AUGCAGCAAGACACAGUUAAACCUCCAUUUGCAUGUUUCGGCGGUGAGGCGCUAUUCCUCUGUUGUUUAUCUCUUAUCAAUGAACCGUCUGCCGCAGUUACCACAUUAAUAUUUGCUGCAGAAUGUAGUGGCUUUGUAUUCAAUGUAAAUCAUUUUGAUAUAGCACCACGAUAUACUCCAAUUCUGAUGAUGGGCUUCUCAAAUGGUAUUAGCGCUCUGGCCGGUAUCAGUGGUUUUAUUCUGGAACACUUCGUUGCUGAGAAGGGAGAACAUCAACAAUGGGCCAAGGAAAAGGAGCCUCAACAAAGCAUGGAAGAUAUUGUUCGCCGAUUAUGUUAG